AUGGACCCUCGGGAUUGGAGGGACGUUCACCUGAGGUCUCCACGGAGAAAGCCACCACAUAGCAGGAGGGAGAGUUCCGGCAGGCGUGACAGCAUUGACAGACGCCCCCGAGGCGAUUAUGUCGUACGCAGCAGAGAGUACGACUCCAGGCAUUCGGGCGACUACGGGAGAGAUAGAGACAGGCGUGACAACCAGGAGAGGGAGCGCGACAGAGACUACCAUUCACGAAGAGAAGAUGUGCGGCGAGAUGAUCAGCGAAGAGAUGACAAUCGUAGACGUACCCCGCCGGCGCCACGGGAGCAUCACUCGGCAGGACCCUCGAACGAUCGCCCUCAUGCUCCCCGAGACGAGUCAGAGAAAGAAGAAGGCGAGAUCUCUCCCAGGCCAAGUCGUGGGCCUACCCCAGUGCCUUCGCAGCCGACUCGUGCGCCUUCACCGCUUCCUCAGGAGAAACCACAACCCCAGCCUGAGCACGAGAUGGAGCUGGACUUGUCCGGUUCCCCACCCUCUGCGGAGACGACUUUAGCUGCACGUCGCGCCAAGCGAAGGGCGAUCUUGGCAAAAUAUGCUGGAAUUGCCAGCACUUCUGUUAGUCAAACGGCAUCCCCCAGCCCAGGGCCUACCAGUGCGGUUGAACCGCCAACCGCCUUUUCCUCUGUCUCUAAUCCGGUGUCUCACAUUAAUAGCAUCGAUGGUACUCCUGGCGUAUCCGAAGCACCUACAGAAGGUAAAAUUAGUAAGCGGGAAUCUGAAUCUGUGUCACCUACACCUGCCUCCUUUUCUCUCGCAAAGGACGGCGACGAGGAAGACGUGCAGGCGAAGGCCCAAGCGCAGAAUGGCGUUCACGAACAAAUUUCUGCCGCAGACUACGAUCCAAGUUUGGAUCGCCGCGAAGACGAACAGAAGCGUGUUCGUGUCAAAGAGGAGCCAACGUCUAAUGUCGAGGAUGUAGAGGAGAUUGAGGUGGAAGAGGAUGAAAUUGACGACAUGUUUGCGGCGGUGACAUCCGAGAAGAAUGUCAAGAAAGUCAAGAAAAUAGUGAGGACAGCUGCUCCGGCUCUAAUAACCACAACCCUAGACUCCGCUGCCGAUCCAGAAGGAUAUUACCAAAUAAUCUUGGGCGCGCAGCUUGAUGGUGGGCGUUAUCAAGUAUAUUCGUCACUGGGAAAGGGCAUGUUUGCAAAUGUGGUGAGAGCUCGUGUAAUCCACGGAGAGGUUGGCGACGCCGGUAAGGAAGUUGCCAUUAAGAUAGUGCGUUGUCAAGAGUCAAUGUACCGAGCGGGUCUGAAAGAAGUUCAGAUAUUGAACAAACUGAAGCAGGCAGAUCCGGAGGACAAGAAACAUAUCGUUCGUUUAGAGCGGACCUUCGAACACCGUGGCCAUCUUUGUCUCGUCUUUGAGUCCUUAAGCAUGAAUCUGAGGGAUGUAGUGAAGCGAUUUGGUAAAGAUGUCGGUCUGAACAUCAAAGCGGUACGCGCUUAUGCUCAUCAGCUUUUCCUUGCUAUGAGUCUAUUGCGGAAGUGCAACAUCAUGCACGCUGACAUUAAGCCUGAUAAUAUCUUGGUAAAUGAACACAAGACUCUGCUCAAACUCUGUGAUCUCGGUUCGGCAUCAGAUGCAUCCGAGAAUGAGAUAACGCCUUACCUCGUCAGCAGAUUCUAUCGUGCCCCAGAGAUCAUUCUUGGAGUACCGUAUGACCCUGCUCUGGAUAUCUGGUCCAUCGGUUGCACUUUGUACGAGCUCUACACUGGCAAGAUUCUUUUCCCAGGACGAUCAAACAACCAGAUGUUACUUCUUAUGAUGGAAUUGAAGGGUCGCUUCAAUACCAAGAUGAUCAAGAAGGCGAAGUUCGGAGAGAUGUACUUCGAUGAGUUGGGCGGGUUUGGCAACAUCGAACAGGACCGCGUGACAGGAUCGAACGUUGUCCGUAAAGUCCACAUUACAACGCCUACGCGGGAUCUCCGUCAGCGUUUAAUGCCACCUACAUCGGUCAAGCUCAAAGACGAUGAAGCGAAGUUGCUUUCCUCCUUCGUAGAUUUGCUUGAUAAGUGCUUGGCUCUGGACCCUGCGAGAAGGAUUACACCGAAAGAGGCGCUGUUACAUCCUUUCAUCAGAGGUUAA